GUGACGUUAGGCGCCGCUGUCAGCCGGCGCUGGGGGGGGUCGGUGUGGGGUAGAAUGGCCGCUGCCGCCGUCACCCGCGGGACCCCGGGAGGCGGGAGGCGGGUCCUCCCCACCUCGUAGCUUCUUCGGGGACCACCGCCCCGCCGUGGAGGUCCACCCCCGGGCAGGCUCCGCACCCUGGCAGGCUGCCUGGUCCGGCCUGCGCACCUGCGCCCUGAGGCGUAGCCUUUACCCCAGCCCAGGCUCUACUGCGCCCAGCCGAGCACCGAUGGGCCUCCUCCCCCUCUCCAUUCCCGGACACCUGGCGGAGCCGCGCUGAGAGCAUCCUCCAGCUCCCAUCUGUUCCCCCAGAAGGGUGGGGGCUGAGGCCGGAGCCUGAGUGUAUUCACGCUCUCAUUUGCCAAACCAUCCUCCAAGGACCGGAUGCCCUGAAUUCCAGCUCCCAGGACUGACCCCACCUCAGUCAGCUUCCUCCAGAGCCCAGGCUGUUGCACCUCUGAAGCGCCUGCCCUGCCAGCCCCUCCCCUCCCCCACCCUGACUGGCUCUUCCUGAUUACUCUGUUGUGUGUCUUCCCACUCCUCUUGGCUCCUGGCACCAUGUCUGCGUCCUCCCUCGCCUCUCUUCCCUGGCUCUACUCUCACAUCACAGACUAGCCUCAUCCCUCCCAGAUAGCACCACUCCGUUCCGUACCCUCUCCCCUGCUCAUCCUCAUCCUGGAUAGAUGUGGGGGCCUUUACCAUGACAGUGUUCUCUCCUUUCCCAGCACAGACUCCCCCUCCCCCCGGCCCCUCAGGCCGGGGGUGACCUUGCCCCCUGGAGCCCUCACCAUGAAUACCAAGGACGCCACCGAGGUUGCUGAGAACAGCCAUCACCUGAAGAUCUUUCUCCCCAAGAAACUGCUGGAGUGUCUUCCGCGCUGUCCACUGUUACCUCCAGAGCGGCUACGGUGGAAUACAAAUGAGGAGAUUGCAUCCUACUUGAUCACCUUUGAGAAGCACAAUGAGUGGCUAUCCUGCGCCCCAAAGACCAGGCCUCAGAAUGGCUCCAUUAUCCUCUACAACCGCAAGAAGGUGAAAUACCGGAAGGAUGGUUACCUCUGGAAGAAGCGGAAGGAUGGGAAGACCACGCGAGAGGACCACAUGAAGCUGAAGGUCCAGGGCAUGGAGCCUGUCUCCUGGCAGUGUCUCUAUGGCUGCUACGUUCACUCUUCCAUCGUCCCCACAUUCCAUCGGCGCUGCUACUGGCUGCUGCAGAACCCCGACAUCGUCCUUGUGCACUACCUGAACGUCCCAGCCCUGGAGGAUUGCGGAAAGGGCUGCAGCCCCAUCUUUUGUUCCAUCAGCAGCGACCGGCGAGAGUGGCUGAAGUGGUCCCGGGAGGAGCUGCUGGGACAGCUAAAGCCCAUGUUUCACGGCAUCAAGUGGAGCUGUGGGAACGGGACAGAGGAGUUCUCUGUGGAGCAGCUGGUCCAGCAGAUUCUCGACACCCACCCGACCAAGCCAGCACCCCGAACCCAUGCCUGCCUCUGCAGUGGGGGCCUUGGUUCCGGGAGCCUUACCCACAAGUGCAGCAGCACGAAACACCGCAUCAUCUCUCCCAAAGUGGAGCCCCGAGCUCUAACCCUGACCUCUGUCCCUCAUCCCCAUCCCCCUGAGCCCCCUCCACUGAUAGCCCCACUUCCCCCAGAGCUCCCGAAGGCACAUACCUCCCCAUCUUCUUCUUCCUCUUCUUCCUCUUCAUCAGGCUUUGCAGAACCCCUAGAGAUCAGACCUAGCCCUCCAACCUCUCGAGAGGGUUCGUCAAGAGGAGGCACCGCCAUCCUCCUCCUGACAGGACUGGAGCAGCAUACUGGCAGCUUGACACCCACCGGGCAUUUGGCUCCCCAGGCUGAUCCUCAGCCUUCCAUGAGCUUGGCUGUGGUUGUAGGCUCUGAGCCCUCUGCCCCACCAGCUCCUCCCAGCCCUGCCUUUGACCCCGAUCGUUUUCUCAACAGCCCCCAGAGGGGCCAGACAUAUGGAGGGGGGCAAGGGGUGAGCCCAGACUUCCCUGAGGCAGAGGCCGCCCUUACCACUUGUCCUGCCCUGGAGCCUGCUGCUGCCCUGGAGCCCCAGGCAGCUGCUCGGGGGCCUCCUCUGCAGUCAGCAACAGGGGGGAGAAGAGGAAACUGCUUCUUUAUUCAAGAUGAUGACAGUGGGGCGGAGCUCAAGGCCCAGGGGGCCGCCCCACCCGUCCCCUCUCCGACUCCUUCCACCCCACCCUCUCCUGCCCCCCUAGAGCCAUCUGGCAGGGCAGGAAGAGGGGAGACCUUGUUUGGAGGAGCUGGUGGGGCAAGCGAACUGGAGCCCUUCAGUCUUUCAUCAUUCCCAGACCUUAUGGGAGAGCUCAUCAGUGACGAGGCUCCAAGCACCCCUGCCCCAACCCCCCAGCUCUCUCCUGCUCUCGGCGCCAUCACGGACUUCUCCCCAGAGUGGUCCUACCCAGAGGGUGGGGUCAAGGUGCUCAUCACAGGUCCUUGGACAGAGGCCACCGAGCAUUACUCCUGUGUCUUUGAUCACAUCGCAGUGCCAGCCUCACUUGUCCAGCCUGGUGUCCUACGCUGCUACUGUCCCGCCCAUGAGGUAGGGCUGGUGUCUUUGCAGGUGGCCGGGCGGGAGGGACCCCUUUCUGCUUCUGUGCUCUUUGAGUAUCGAGCCCGCCGCUUCCUGUCACUGCCUAGUACUCAGCUUGACUGGUUGUCCCUGGACGACAACCAGUUCCGGAUGUCCAUACUGGAGCGACUAGAGCAGAUGGAGAAGCGGAUGGCAGAGAUUGCAGCAGCUGGGCAGGCACCCUUCCAGGGUCCUGAUGCAACCCCGAUUCAGGAUGAAGGCCAGGGGCCUGGGUUCGAGGCACGGGUGGUGGUCUUGGUAGAGAGCAUGAUACCACGCUCCACCUGGAGGGGUCCUGAACGUCUGGCCCAUGGAAGCCCCUUCCGGGGCAUGAGCCUUCUUCACUUGGCCGCUGCCCAGGGCUAUGCCCGCCUCAUCGAGACUCUGAGCCAGUGGCGGAGUGUGGAGACCGGAAGCUUGGACUUAGAGCAAGAGGUUGACCCGCUCAACGUGGAUCAUUUCUCUUGCACCCCUCUGAUGUGGGCUUGUGCCUUGGGACACCUGGAAGCUGCUGUGCUCCUUUUCCGUUGGAACAGACAGGCGCUGAGCAUUCCCGACUCCUUGGGCAGGCUACCCCUGCCCGUGGCUCAAUGCCGGGGUCAUGUGCGCCUUGCCCGCUGCCUUGAGGAGCUGCAGAGACAGGAAACUUCAGCUGAGCUCCCACUUGCCCUGUCGCCACCAUCCUCCAGCCCAGACACUGGUCUGAGCAGUGCCUCUUCACCCUCAGAGCGUUCCGAAGGCACGUUCUCUGUCACAUCAGCCUAUUCUAGUGCCCCGGAUGGGAGUCCUCCCCCUGCUCCUCCGCCAGCCUCUGAGAUUACUAUGGAGGAGAUGGUCGUCCCAGGCCAGCUCUCCUCUGGUGCCCUGAAGGCCCCCCUGCUCCUCAUGGACUAUGAAGCAACCAACCCCAAAGGGCCCCCAUCCUCACCACCUCCUCUCCCACCAGCCCCAGAUGGUGGGGCUGCUCCUGAGGAAGCUGACAGCCCACGGGCUGUGGAUGUGAUCCCGGUGGACAUGAUCUCACUGGCGAAGCAGAUCAUCGAAGCCACACCAGAGCGGAUUAAACAAGAGGAUUUCAUGGGGCUGCCUGAGGCUGGAGCCCCAGUGCGGGAGCGGACAGGGGCCCUGGGACUCAGUGAGACUAUGUCCUGGCUAGCCAGCUACCUGGACAAUGUGGACCAUUUCCCCAGCUCAGCCCCUUCCAGCGAAAUGCCCUUUGAGCGGGGUCGCCUGGCUAUCCCUCCAGCACCUUCCUGGGCCGAGUUUCUCUCUACAUCUGCCAGUGGCAAGAUGGAGAGUGAUUUUGCCCUGCUGACACUUUCGGAUCAUGAGCAGCGGGAACUGUAUGAGGCAGCCCGAGUCAUCCAGACGGCCUUCCGAAAAUACAAGGGCCGGAGGCUGAAGGAGCAGCAGGAGGUAGCAGCAGCUGUGAUCCAGCGCUGUUACCGGAAGUACAAGCAGCUGACCUGGAUUGCACUUAAGUUUGCUCUCUAUAAGAAGAUGACCCAGGCGGCCAUCCUGAUCCAGAGCAAGUUCCGAAGCUACUAUGAACAGAAACGAUUUCAGCAAAGCCGCCGAGCGGCUGUACUCAUCCAGCAGCACUAUCGCUCCUACCGCCGCCGGCCUGGGCCUCCCCACCGGCCCCCGGGCAGCCUGCCUGCCCGCAGCAAAGGCUCCUUUCUCACCAAGAAGCAGGACCAAGCAGCCCGGAAGAUCAUGAGAUUCCUCCGGCGCUGCAGACACAGGAUGAGGGAAUUGAAGCAGAACCAGGAGCUUGAAGGGCUUCCCCAACCUGGACUGGCCACCUGACCUCUCCACCGCCUUUCUCACCACCUGGGGGCCGCUUCUUGCAGUCUUAAAAGGGAGAGAGCUCUGUGGGGGAAGGGGAGCCCCCCUGUCGGCAGCUUUCCCGGUCACUUAUGUCGGAGCCCUUCCUAGGUCUCCACCCUCCUCCCCUCCGAAGUGCUGAGCUCCCUCUCCCACCUCAGCUCCCCCACCUCUCUCUGAUUCCCUACGGGUCGAACCCCCACCCCUUUUGGCCCCUGGCUCCACAAGACCCACGCCCCACACACCUGCAUCUUCAGCAGUGACCUCCGGAGCCCUGCCUGCCCCUUCUCCACAGCUCCCUCCCUGCCUGCACCCAAGGCGGCCCCUUCCCGACUUGCCUUAUUUAUUUGUUCGACGCGUCUCUGAAUGUAUCCACUUCGGUCCCACCUCUGCCUUCGCUGCGCGCGCGCCCCUCGUGUUUCAGGGCCGACCCCACCCUGAUUCCGCAUGUUUGUGUCUGUUUCCUACCUUUCCGGCUCUGUCUUCCCCGUCUCCCCGACUCUGGCCACCAAUCUCGGGGCCAGAGUGGGAGGUUGUAUAUAGAAACGCGUUGCGGAGUCCCGGCCCCGUCCCCCGCGGGGAGGGGGCUUGUACAUAAUGUAACAUACAGAGUAUAGUGAAGAAUCUAUUUACGGCGCCUCGGGGAGGGCUGCACGGCCGGGCUCCAUGGUUCCCUGGCGCGGUGGGGGCCUCCUGCCCUCUCCACGAGCACUUUCUACUUGUGCAUGGGCUUGGUUUCUACGAAUUGCCAUUAAACAUCGCUGCACCA